AAAACUAGCAAUAGUGCUAGUAUAUGUAGGUGAUGUCAACAUCACUGGAGACGAUGAAGAAGAAAUUCAACAAACCAGGAGGAAUUUAUUGGUGAGAUUCCAAAUGAAAGAUCUUGGAGAACUUAAGCACUUUUUGGGGCCCGAACUAAAAGAAAAAGGCGACGGUCUUUUAUUGUGUCA